AUGCAUGGCUGUAAUCUGCGGCAUCUUCUUGGAAUAUCUACACCAAUUUCGUUGUAUUUCUAUGAUCAAAUCAAUCAUCCAUCCAUCCAUCCCAGCUGGCUGCUUGAACCGCGCGCGCAAGUUGGUUUCGGAUUGAAGGUUGCAGAGGAUAUGGAUCGUUCGCCGGAAUUCUGGACCACCCACCUUCUUCUUCUUCUUCUGGCUUUUCUCGCAUUUUCCGGGAAAGUUGUUUCCGGGGAAGAAGAGGUGCCAUCACCGGGCUUCAAUGGAACAGAAAGAGAUGCCCUUUUGGCUCUCAGCAACGGAUUCAACAGCUCCUUGCUCAAACGCAACUGGACCAGCAUCAUGUGCUAUCUGAACCAGCCCCCGAGAUGGCUCGGCAUCCAGUGCCGCGACGGCCGAGUCACCGGCAUUUUCCUGGAAAACAUGGCACUUUCCGGGAAAAUCAAGGCCGACGCACUCGCCAACCUCACGCUGCUAUCUCUCCUCAGCUUCAAGAACAACUCGAUCGCCGGCACCGUAAUGGACUUCUCCCACAAUCCCAGGUUAACCAAAAUCGACUUGUCGAUGAACGGAUUUCACGGCCCGAUCCCGGAUUCUCUCCUCGGCCUGAACUUCUUGGAAUCGUUGCGGCUUCAAGAUAACGAGUUGGACGGCUCAAUCCCGGCCUUGAACCAGUCCAGCCUGAGAUAUUUCGAUGUCUCGAACAACAGAUUAUCCGGGCAAGUACCCAAUACUACGCUUCUCCAAUCCUUCAAUUCUUCGUCGUUUCUGGGAAAUCCCCGGCUCUGCGGGCCGCCGACUUCCACCGCCUGCAACUUCAGCGAUAAUUCCACAUCUUCGAGCAAGAAAUCCCACUUCAUUGAUACUUUGAUCGUAGUAGUCGCCAUUGCCAUGUGCAUCGUCUUGUUCCUUUUCGUCGUCUAUUACAGAAAAUACAGCAAGCUGAAGAAACAGAUGAAGAGUAGUAGCAGAUCCCUUCAGGACACGUCUGAGACGGGAUCUUCAGAAGAUCAGGUGGAAGAUGUUGAGAAGAGCGGGGAGACGAGAGAAGGGUCCGGCGCCGGGGAAGGAGAGGAGAAGGGGAGGCUGGUUUUCAUGGAUCAGGAGGGGAGCUUUGAGCUGAAAGAUCUUCUGAAGGCGUCGGCUCAGGCCUUGGGGAAUGGGAAUUUCGGGGCAUGCUAUAAGGCUAAGCUGUGCGGCGAGGAGGGGGCGGCGGCGGCUGCCGUGGUGGUGAAGCGGAUGAGGGAUUUGAAGCCGUUGAGCAAGGCGGAGUUCGAGAAGCUUCUGCAGCCGCUGGCCGAUUGGAAGCAUCCCAACUUGUUGCCGCUGCUGGCUUACUACUAUUCCAAGGAAGAGAAGCUCUUGAUCUUCAAAUUCGCAGCCAACGGAAACGUCUUUAACCGCAUUCAUGGAGGAAGAGGGACCAACAAUCGAAUUCCAUUCCGGUGGCCGGCGAGAUUAGCGGUGGCUCACGGGGCCGCUCUAGCGCUGGAGUAUCUCCACCUCAACAGCAACUCGCCGGCUGGAAUUAACGUUAUUCCUCACGGCAACUUGAAAUCCACCAACGUCCUUCUCGAUGAGACAGACACGGUUCUCGUCUCCGACUACGGCCUAACCUCCAUCGUUGCCGUUCAGCUCGCGGCCCAGCGCAUGGCGGCGUACAAGUCGCCGGAGUACCAAAGCCACAAAAUGGUGUUCAGGAAAUCGGACGUCUGGUGCUACGGAUCCUUCCUCCUAGAGCUCCUGACUGGGCGAGUCUCCGCCCAUGCAGCGCAGCCGGGGAUCGCGGGUGUCGACCUCUGUAGCUGGGUUCACCGGGCAGUGAGAGAGGAGUGGACUGCGGAGAUCUUCGACUUGGAGAUAUUGGUGCGAAGAAGCCCUAACCACUCGAUGAUAAGGCUACUGGAGCUGGCCAUUCGAUGUUGCGACAAGUUGCCGGAGAAGCGGCCGGAGAUGAGCGAGGUGGUAAGAGAAGUGGAGCGCAUAGCAGUGGCGGCGGACUCGGAAGACGAAGAUGAUCAGUUGUCGGUGGACCAAUCGUUGACCGAUGAGUCGCUGUCGGCUAGUCAAUCUAUUGAGAGAUGAUUUUUUUUUCUUUUUAGUUAAGGAGAGAAAGAUAAAUUAUUUUGCUUUUGAUCGGUUGUUGCACGAAAAAUAGAUGUAAAAAAGAAAUGUUCUUCUAAUAAAUU